ACGUUAAGCGCCAGUAGCCCAUCCUCAAGACACGCUCUCGACGCCAUGGCCAAGUCCAAGAACCAUACCAACCACAACCAGAGCCGCAAGGCGCACCGCAAUGGCAUCAAGACGCCCACGAGCCACAGGACAAGGUCGAUGAAGGGUGUUGAUGCCAAGGUACGUUGAAUAUACUUUUGUAGUCCAGGAUUUGCGCCGACGCACGAUUAACUCGUGUCACCAGUUCCGCCGCAAUGCGAAGUAUGCGUUGGUCGGUUCAGUGCGUCACAAUCUACUCUCUUCUCCAGCUGGCAUCCUGACGUUAUGUUGACCCGCAGCGAAAAGCGCGUUUGGAGGCAGAGGCAUGACCUUCCCACCGAUCAUCGGUUCCCUCCAUUCGAAUCGCCGUCGAGAGCGCCAUACGUUGAGAGAGGGGAUCCACCCACUCUUGGGCACGGCGCGUCACCAUGUAUCCUAUCACUUCCGCUAUCGUCGCAGCCCCAUGUGUAUGCACUGCAGUAUGCUUAGGCACCUCCACGCACGCAGAAAACAAAAGCCGAAAAA